CGACGCUGCUCUGCACCUCUUAGUACAUUUUCUCUGCUCUUCCUACCGUCUCUCUCCCGAUGACCCUUUAGCAGUCAUUGUUGCUUCCUGUUUACAAUGGCAGCGGCUUGGAGAAGUUGUUCUCUGCUUGCUUUGUCAGGUCGUUUCACAGUACAACAGAAGCUGGGAAGAGCUCUCUACCAGUCACAAUGGGUGACCUCUCACAGGAAUCUGUCUACAAGUCAAAUUGCGGUAGAGGUGAAUGAAAGCACAGGUGUGGCAGUGAUGAAGAUGAAGAAGCCUCCUGUGAAUAGCCUCAACCUGGACUUUCUAACUCAGUUUUCAAUAUGCAUGGAGAAGCUGGAACUGGACAGAGGCUGUCGAGGCCUUGUCAUAACCUCUGCUAUCCCUAAAAUUUUUUCAGCAGGCCUGGAUAUAUUGGAAAUGUACGGGAAGACCGAUGAGCAUUACGCAGAAUUUUGGAGAGCAGUACAGGAGAUGUGGCUCAAACUUUAUGGUUCAAACAUGGCAACUAUAGCUGUCAUCAAUGGCAACAGCCCCGCAGGUGGUUGCUUGAUGGCCCUGUCCUGUGACUACAGGAUCAUGACAGAGAAUCCCAAAUAUAGCAUCGGUCUGAAUGAAACACUACUUGGGAUUGUUGCCCCCUUCUGGUUUAGGGAUACCAUGAUAAAUAGCAUUGGAAACCGUGCAACUGAACUCUCUCUUCAGCUGGGACUCAUGUACAGUGCUCCAGAGGCUUUGAAAAUUGGCUUGGUGGACGAGUUAAUACCUGAAGAUAAAAUCUACGAGACUGCUUUAAACACCAUGUCUAGGUGGCUGGCAGUUCCAGAUCAUGCCCGCCAACUUUCAAAGUCCAUCAUGAGGAAGGCUACUGUGGAUCGACUGCUAACACACAGGGAGUCAGAUGUCCAGAAUUUUGUUAGUUUCAUCAGCAGAGAGUCCAUUCAGAAAUCUCUUGGGAAAUAUAUGGAAAAACUAAAGCAGAGAAAGGAAACAUGAACCAACUUUAAUUUUUGCGAACUAAACUGUAAGACAUGCAAUGGGUUUCAGUAAUUGUUUUGCAUUACAUCAUCAGUUCUGCAGCUGUCAUAGAACAACAGGGUAGUGUUACAUCACUGGAUUAAUGAUCAUAUUCAAAAAAUCUCCACAAACAUACCUCUCAACUGUACAAUUUUUGCCUAAUUUUUCAUACAAUUGUGGGUUUCUGAUAAAUUAGUAGCAAAUCAUUAAAUAUUGA